CUGCAGAACCAGGAACCAGGAGACUGUGAAGACGAUGCUGCGGCGGACGGAGACGGAGAUCAGCGUGCGGGUGACGGACACCGUGCGCAAGCACGAGGACCCCCUGCAGCGCCAGCGCAGCUUGGUGGAAGAGGAACGGCUCCGCUACCUCAAUGAGGAGGAGCUCAUCACCCAGCAGCUCAAUGACCUGGAGAAGUCAGUGGAGAAGAUCCAGAAGGAUUUGGCCCACAACCACCGGCUCAUCCCCGUGCAGGAGCUAGAGGAGAAGGCAGUGGUGCUCAAGCAGCUCGGGGAGACGCUGACAGAUCUCAAGGCCCAGUUCCCCAGCCUUCAGAGCAAGAUGCGGGUGGUGCUGCGGGUGGAGGUGGAAGCCGUCAAGUUCCUCAAGGAGGAGCCAAACCGCCUCGAUGGUCUGCUCAAGCGCUGCAAGACAGUGACAGACACCCUGGCCCAGAUCCGCAGGCAAGUGGAGGAGGGCGUGUGGACCUCCCCCAGCAACCUCAGCCAGUCCCCCAAGAAGGUGGCCCCGGAGACGGAUUUCAGCAAAGGGCUGGAUUUGGAGAUGCCCACCAGCCCCCCCGUGAGCCGUCACCGAGACCCUGGGCAUGCCCACAAUAACCCUUCCCGAGCUCCGGAGAUGGUACCUGCCAAGACCCAGACAGGCCCGGAGACCCCCAGCAAGAAGAGUGCGGAUAAAGCCGUAUCCGUGGAGGCUGCGGAGCGGGACUGGGAGGAGAAGCGGGCGGCGCUGACCCAGUACAGUGCCAAGGACAUCAACCGCCUCCUGGAAGAGACGCAAGCCGAGCUGAUGAAGGCCAUUCCUGACCUGGAAUUCGCUGCCAAGCACAAACAACCCACGGGCAGCAGCAGUGCUGCCUCCACACCCGAGCACAAGCCCUCCAAGCCACAGCACACAGCAAAAUCGGGGGGCAAGGGGGACCCCAACGGCCGCCGGGGCUCAGACGAACUGACGGUGCCGCGAUACCGGACCGAGAAACCCUCCAAAUCACCACCACCCCCCCCUCCACGUCGGAGCUUCCCCUCAUCCCACGGGCUGACCACAACCCGCAGCGGCGAAGUCAUCGUCACCAGCAAGAAAGAGCCUGGUUUUAUGAAGAAGGCCGAGUCGGAGGAGCUGGAGACCCAGAAGCCCCAAGUGAAGCUGAGACGGACAGUGUCGGAGGUGGUCAGGCCAGCGUCCACCCCUCCCAUCAUCGCCUCUGCCAUCAAAGACGACGACGACGAGGAUCGCAUCAUUGCGGAGCUGGAGGUGUUUCAGAGAAGUUCUGCCUCCCCUUUCCUUCCCAAGCUCCGUUACGAUCCACUUUCCGCUGCCCGCUCCCCCGCGCCGCGGCGAG